GGAAAACCGAUGCUGCAGGAAGUUCACGGAUUUGUCACAUUGAAUGUCCAAACCUGCAAUAAUAGUUGAUAGCUAGUAGCCACACUGAUGUCUUCAAGCUGCUGCAAGUUAUAGUUUCGCAGGCAUCUGUCGUGCCUGAAUUGACUUUCUCAAUGGAUUGUACUUUUUUUUCUUGUCAUCGAGAUUGACACAGGAAAUACUUGUCAUCAUGUCGAAAAGUUUUAGGGAUGCUGUACGACGAGCAUCUAAGCAAGGCUGGCCAACUGAGAGGGGUGGGUCUCCAUUGUUAGGAGAUAUUAAGGAUGGUAUCACUGAAAAUUUCUCAUCAGCGUUGUUCUCUGCUGCACGUAAACGCAGGAGCACUGUUGGGAAUGUUGUAGGCGUAGAAACAUUGAGAGAAAGACAGGCAAGAGCCAAGGAGAACAGAGAACAGAGACGGGGAAGAAUAGACCCCUUGCAAAGGCAUCUUUAUGCAAUAAUUGCUGAUCACUUGAAUUUAGAAAUGCAAGUGGUAGAGGAGUUUGUUCUAGACUCAGAACAGCAUUUGAGGUCCAUGGAGCAGUUUUUUGUUGCUGGUGGUUCUAAGUGUAUACUGUUCUUUUAUCAAGACCUCCCCAUGCCCCCUUUAGAAGAAUGUGGGAGAGUAAUCCACGGUGUACUACGAGGGUCUGUUAUUCCUCGCCUUAUUGUCACAGACGGGAGACAUCAACCUCUGACAGGGAAGUGUUUGUAUUUUAUCAGGGCCAAACCAGAAAUCGCCCUAACACCUGUCAAGAUAGCAGAUGAGGUGAUAUUUGGUUAUGUAGAUUCCUCAGAUGGCCUCAUCUCCGGCCUACAGACUGUCCUGAUCAAAGUGUUUCGCCCAGCGCUUCACUCACUGUCCAACUGGGGUCAGCUCAAUGAGACUGCUCAGGGAAGAAAAGCCAAGAAAAACUUCCUGGACAGCUAUGAUUAUUUCACAGAUUAUUUGAAGUGUGCUCAGAUCAACAGUGACCAGGGAGUAACACUGGAGAACUGUGAGUCUGACAAGGUAGACCUGAGUGAAAUUAAAAGUGCUCCUGACUGUAUUGAGGCUGCUGCUAACCCAGACAUUGUCCUGGCACUAGAGGAUCUGGCUACAACCUGGUGUAAGCAGAUAGAGCAGCUGUUGGCUAAGAGUGACCAGAUGAGGAAGGAGGCUGAUGACACAGGUCCUCACGCUGAGCUUGACCACUGGAGGCAGCUCCAGGCGCGCUUCAGCUCUCUCCUGGAAGAAGUCAAGAGCCACAAGUGUCGCAUGACUCUAACCAUUCUUAAUGUGGCAAAGUCCAAGCUUCUCAAGCGCUGGAAGGAACUGGACAGAAGGAUCACUGAUUACGCUAAUGAAGCCAAAGACAAUGUGAAGUUCCUGUAUACUCUGGAGAAGUUCUGUGAGCCACUGUACAGAUCUGACCCUGUUGGGAUGAUUGAUUGUCUUGGAGGACUUGUAAAUGCCAUACGAAUGGUUCACAACAUCUCCAGAUACUACAACACUUCAGAAAGAAUGACCUCACUCUUCAUAAAGGUGACAAACCAGAUGGUGACAGCCUGUAAGAGUUACAUCACAGAAGAUGGUAUGGUGAAGGUAUGGGAACAGCCACGUAAGGAAGUGAUCGGGAAGCUACUGAACUGCACUCGCCUCUACCAGGAGUACAAGGAAGCCUUCAGGAGGACCAAAGAGAAGACGGAGACCACCCCAGGAGAAAAGGCAUUUGAGUUCUCAGAGAUGUAUAUCUUUGGUAAAUUUGACACCUUCUGCAAAAGAUUAGAAAAGGUGAUUUCUUUUCUGAACCAUCUGGAGACAUUCUCCACACUGUCAGAGUCCAAGGUGGAGGGUAUUGAUAGCUUUGCCGCUAGGUUUAACCAGAUCACAAGCACCAUCCAGAAGAAACCUUACGAUGUCCUUGACCAGCGCAAAAUGGAGUUUGACAAUGAUUAUGAUGACUUCUGCAAUCAAAUGCAGGACUUGGAGAGUAACAUCAAGCUGUUCAUGACAACCUGUUUUAACAAGGUGAAGUCCAUCCUCCAAGCCCUGGAUCUUAUCUUCAGAUUUGAGAAGCUUAACAUUCCAAGUCUCCAUGUUGAAGAAAAGUAUUCCACUAUCCUGAAACAGUUUGGUGCUGAAAUUGAUAAAAUCAAAAAGCAAUACCAGAGGUACAGAGAAGACCCUCCAUUACACAGAAACCUCCCCCCUGUUGCUGGUAAAAUCUACUGGUCACGACAGCUAUACCACAGGAUAGAGGAGCCAAUGACAGUGUUCAUGAAACACCCGACAAUUUUAAAGUCUGAAGAUGCCAAGAAGAUCAUCCGCUCAUACAACAGGAUUGCUCGCAUUCUGACUGAAUAUGAGAUGUUGUAUUACAGAGGCUGGAUUCAGUGUGUGGAAGUGGCAAAGCAUGAAACUUUGCGCUCCCCUGUACUAGUGCGUAAGCCGGGAAACAAGGAACUGCUGGUGAACCUUGACCCAUACAUCUACGAGCUGAUCCGUGAGUCAGAGUACAUGAGGAAACUGAACCUAGAGAUCCCAGACGCCAUCAAAGUGCUGCUCAUCACCAAGAACAGUCUGCGCAAGAACCACAACCAGCUGAUUUCACUAUUGGAUGAAUAUCAGGCCAUUCGGGAGCAGAUUCCACAGUUCUUUGCCACUCUUUUUAUGCCAUCUUUAAGAAAGAUGGAGGCCACACUGAGACCAGGACUCUACAUGCACUCCUGGACAUCACUAAGUUUGAUAACAUACUUCAAAGAGGUGGAGGACAAUCUCAAAGAACUUAAGCUACUGGUGAAACAGGUGAAUGACAUCAAGACAUCAAGGAUUGAUAAGGUCCUUUAUGACAUCAGUGAGACUGUACUCUGCGAGUUACCAGAUAGACCUUGGACUGUUCAGCAAUUUCUGGACUACUCAGAGGAACACACGAAAAGCAUAGCAGUGUAUUUAAACCGACUGAACCGCACCCUGGAAACAUCUGUGGAUGAACUGAUCCAGCUAUUUAUGAGCAGGGCCAAUGUGAGCGAAGGGCUGGAUUACGAGUCCAAGACCAGCGUAAACGCUGAGAACACAGAUGAGGAUGUGUCGAGCAGUACCAGUCAGAAAGACAAAGAAGAAGUCAGUGCCACCAACGAUGAACAGCAGGUUAAGGAAGCUUGUGAUGAGCUUAAAGAGUACUUCCAGAACAAACUGGUGGACUCGCUGCAAAGAGCCACGCGUUAUUCACUUGACUGCAUGAGAAAGCGGCUAUUCUAUAGUGGUCAGCGCAGGAAAGGAAGCUCCUAUGAUGAUUCCAGCAGUAAUGUCAGCUCCAGUUUUCCCUUCAUCAUAACAAGUAUUACACUGGCAAUUCCUAAUGUAGUGCUGAAGCCAAGUCUGGAUGACAUUCAGCAGGCCAUCAACAAGGUGACCCAGUUUGUGCUGGAUGUGAGUAAGGGGGUGUACCAGUGGGGACACAAUAUUCUGACUGAGGCCUCAGACCCACUGGACUCACAGAGAUCAGACCAUGCCCAGAAUCAUUCUGUGAAAAACUACCACAAGAAUGUGCUGGAGAACAAAGAUGUGAACAAGUACCUGAUGAUGCUCUCCUCUGCUGUCAACUCCUUCAAACCUGAGAUGAUGGAAUCUCUGUCACAGUACAACGAAUUCAGCUUCUUGUGGGAGGAGGACCGAGAUGACACAGUGGCUAACUUUGCUGCCAAUGACCCAAUAUUGUCAGAGUAUAAAAAUCAAGUAGAGAAGUUCACCAGGCUUGAAGCGGAGGUAGAGGAAAUUCAGCCAUCAUUCAUUGUAGGACCAGUAGAGUUAGUGACAGACAAUUUAAAGCUGGCCCUUAUCGUAGAGAUACAUGCUUGGAGGCUGCUGUAUGGAAAAAAUCUGAAUGCCAAAUACCGUGUAAAGAUGGAAGAGAUCCAGACAUUUAUAGAGGAGUAUGAAAAGCGUCUGAGCAGGCCCAUAAAGGAUCUGGAGGAUGUACGAGAGGCGAUGGGAGCAUUGGCACGAAUCAGGGAGGAUCACAUCAAGAUUGACAUGACACUUGGUCCUAUUGAGGAGUGUUACAGUAUGCUGUAUGCCUUUGGAGUUUCGGUGCCAAAAGAGGAGACUGACAAAGUGGAUACUUUAAGAUAUUCUUUUGAGAAAUUGCUCUUACAGGCUGGCCAUGUACAAGAUGAGCUUGUGAGGCUUCAGCCAGGCUUUAAGACAGAACUCCUGGAAUCUGUCAUUGUGUUUCAACAUGACCAGGGAGAAUUCUUGGAAGAUUAUGAUUCUAGUGGACCUAUGGCAGAGGGAAUCACUCCAACCGAGGCCAAUGACAGGCUGGUAACAUUCCAGAGUCGUUUUGAUGAUCUGUGGAACAAGUUUUCAAUUUACUCAGCUGGUGAGGAGUUGUUUGGUUUACCAGUGACCGAAUACCCCAGGCUCGGCGUGGUGAAAAAGGAGUUAAGCCUGUUACAGAAGCUGUAUGGAUUGUACAACACUGUCAUGGUCAGCAUUAACAGCUACUACGACAUACCGUGGACAGAGGUGGACAUUGAGAAGAUCAACGCAGAGCUCUCUGACCUCCAGAACAGAUGUCGUCGUUUACCCAAAGCCUUAAGAGAGUGGCAGGCCUACUUGGACUUAAAGAAGAAAAUUGACGACUUCAGUGAGAGUUGUCCUCUCCUUGAGAUGAUGGCUAACAAAUCGAUGAUGACUCGCCACUGGGCCAGAAUGUCUGAUUUGACGGGACACAGUUUUGAUGUGGAAUCUGACAGCUUUUUGCUGAGGGACAUCAUGAAAGCUCCACUCCUAAAGUACAAGGAAGAUGUUGAGGACAUCUGCAUCUCGGCUGUAAAGGAAAAGGAUAUAGAGGCUAAGCUAAACCAGGUUGUGGCAGACUGGAGUAACAGGGAGCUUAGUUUUGCUAAUUUCAAGGCACGAGGGGAACUGCUGCUGAAGGGAGCAGAGACAAUGGAGAUCAUCUCAAUGCUAGAGGACAGUCUCAUGGUGCUGGGCUCAUUGCUCAGCAAUAGGUACAACACUCCAUUCAAGAAGAAGAUUCAGCUGUGGGUGCAGAACCUGUCUAACACAUAUGACAUCCUGGAGAACUGGCUGAUUGUACAGAACCUCUGGGUCUACCUGGAAGCUGUGUUUGUGGGUGGGGACAUCGCUAAACAACUGCCUCAGGAAGCCAAAAGAUUUGGAAAUAUUGACAAGUCAUGGACAAAGAUUAUGGUGCGAGCUCAUGAAGACCUGAAUGUGGUGACAUGCUGUGUAGGGGAUGAAACUCUGGGCCAGUUACUGCCCCAUCUUCUCGAGCAGCUGGAAAUCUGUCAGAAGUCUCUCACAGGCUACCUGGAGAGUAAGAGGCUGCUGUUCCCACGGUUCUUCUUCAUCUCAGAUCCUGCACUGCUUGAGAUUCUUGGUCAGGCCAGUGACCCUCAUACCAUACAGGCUCACCUGCUUGGAAUAUUUGAGAAUGUGAAUGAGGUGGAGUUCCAUUUGAAGGAGACGGACAAGAUUUUGUCAGUGAUAUCUAAGGAAGGAGAAAUGAUUCCUUUGGAAAAGCCAGUGAAGGCUCAGGGUAAUGUGGAGAUGUGGCUGGGCACUCUGUUGAAGGAACAGCAGAAAUCUCUCCACGCUGUCAUCAGGGAAGCCUUCAGAGUGAUCACAGCCCCAGAAUUUGAGCUUCUAAACUUCCUCAAUUCAUAUCCAGCACAGGUUGGCUUGCUGGGAAUACAGAUGAUUUGGACUCGAGAUGCUGAAGAAGCCCUGAAGUACGCCAGGCACGAGAAACGCAUCAUGCCCGAGACCAACCAGAAGUUCCUGGACUUACUGAACCGACUGAUAGAACAGACCACACAUGACCUGACCAAGGUGGAGCGUGUGAAGUACGAGACCCUCGUCACCAUCCACGUUCAUCAGAGGGACAUCUUUGAUGAUCUGGUGAGGAUGCACAUUAAAUCAGCGACAGACUUUGAGUGGCUGAAGCAGGCUAGAUUCUACUUCAAUGAGGACACAGAUCAGUGUAUUGUUAAGAUCACAGAUGUGGAUUUCAUCUAUCAGAAUGAGUUUUUAGGAUGUACAGACAGGCUGGUCAUCACACCUCUGACUGACAGAUGUUACAUCACUCUGGCCCAGGCCCUGGGGAUGUCAAUGGGUGGGGCACCUGCUGGCCCUGCUGGGACAGGCAAAACAGAGACUACCAAGGACAUGGGCAAGGCACUUGGCAAAUACGUCGUUGUCUUCAACUGUUCUGAUCAGAUGGACUUCAGAGGUCUCGGCAGAAUCUACAAAGGUUUGGCCCAGUCUGGCUCAUGGGGCUGUUUUGACGAGUUCAACAGGAUAGAACUGCCUGUGUUGUCAGUAGCUGCCCAGCAGAUCUACAUUGUACUGACUGCCAAAAAGGAGAGGAAAAGGGAGUUUGUGUUCACUGAUGGCGAUAUAGUAGAGCUCAACCCAGAGUUUGGCAUUUUCUUGACCAUGAAUCCUGGGUAUGCCGGCCGACAGGAGCUGCCAGAAAACUUGAAGAUUCAGUUCAGGACUGUGGCUAUGAUGGUGCCUGACAGACAGAUUAUUAUGAGAGUUAAACUGGCUGCAUGUGGCUUCCAAGAGAAUGUUAUUCUGGCUCAGAAGUUCUUUACACUGUACAAACUGUGUGAGGAGCAGUUGUCCAAACAGGUUCACUAUGAUUUUGGAUUGAGGAACAUUCUGUCUGUAUUGAGAACUCUGGGAGCCAACAAGCGUGCCCGACCAAAUGACACAGAGAGUACCAUUGUGAUGAGAGUACUGAGAGAUAUGAACCUCUCCAAACUUGUGGAUGAAGAUGAACCUCUGUUCAUGAGUUUAAUUGCUGAUUUGUUCCCUGGAAUUCAACUGGACAGUGCCAGCUAUGAUGAGCUUCAGGUUGCCAUUGGAAACCAGGUGGAAGAAGCAGGACUUGUCAACCACCCUUCAUGGAAUCUCAAAGUCAUUCAGCUUUUUGAGACCCAGCGUGUACGUCACGGGAUGAUGACCCUGGGGCCAAGUGGUGCGGGAAAGUCAUGCUGUAUCCAUGUACUGAUGAAGGCUAUGACUGACUGCGGCACUGCCCACAGAGAGAUGAGGAUGAACCCCAAGGCUAUCACAGCUCCGCAGAUGUUUGGUCGGCUAGAUGUUGCCACCAAUGACUGGACUGAUGGCAUUUUCUCUACGCUCUGGAGGAGGACACUGAAGGCCAAGAAAGGUGAACAUGUCUGGAUUGUGCUGGAUGGGCCAGUAGAUGCCAUCUGGAUUGAGAAUCUGAACUCUGUGCUGGAUGAUAACAAAACCUUGACACUGGCCAAUGGUGAUCGUAUUCCCAUGUCCCCCACAUGUAAGAUCGUGUUUGAGGUGCACAACAUUGACAAUGCCUCCCCAGCUACUGUCUCCAGGAACGGUAUGGUGUACAUGAGCUCCUCCGCUCUGGACUGGAGGCCCAUUCUACAGGGCUGGCUGAAGAGUCGAAACGCAUCUGAGGGAGAAGUUCUACUGAAUCUGUUUGACAGAAUAUUUGAUGACCUCUUCACCUAUGUCAAUACCAGUUUGAAUGCCAAGAUGGUGAUCCUGCAGUGUAACCAGAUAAAACAGGCGUGUGACUUGCUGGAAGGACUGAUCCCAACGAAGGAUGAGCGUGGCAGUCUGUCCUCAUACCACCUAGAGAAGCUGUUCAUCUUCAGUCUGAUGUGGAGUCUGGGAGCCCUACUGGAGCUGGAUGAUCGUGCCAAGAUGGAGGAAUUCAUGCUGGGCCACACGGAAAGCAACCUCGACAUGCCACCCAUCAAACAGGGAGAAACCAUCUUUGAGUAUGUCGUGGACGAACAUGGUGAGUGGGAGCACUGGACCAAGAGGGUAGAAGAAUACAUCUACCCACCUGACUCGGUGCCAGAGUUCUCUAGUAUACUCGUUCCCAAUGUGGACAAUGUCAGGACAAACUUCCUCAUUGACACCAUCGCCAAACAGAAUAAGGCAGUUUUACUGAUAGGAGAGCAGGGAACUGCUAAAACAGUCAUGAUUAAGGGUUACAUGAUGGGCUACAAUCCUGACAAGCAGUUGGGCAAAAGUUUCAACUUCUCAUCUGCCUCAACACCACUCAUGUUUCAGAGGACUGUGGAGAGCUAUGUGGAGAAGAGAGUGGGCUCCACAUAUGGUCCACCGGGCGGCCGCAGGAUGACCGUUUUUGUUGAUGAUGUCAACAUGCCAAUCAUCAAUGAAUGGGGAGAUCAGGUGACCAAUGAAAUCACACGACAAAUGAUGGAGAUGCAUGGAAUGUACAGUGUGGACAAGCCUGGAGAGUUCAUCUCUAUUGUGGACAUUCAAUUCAUCGCAGCCAUGAUCCACCCAGGGGGAGGGAGGAAUGACAUCCCAGAGAGACUAAAGAGGCAGUUCUCCAUCUUCAACUGUACCCUCCCCUCUAAUAACUCCAUUGACAAGAUAUUUGGAAUAAUUGGAUGUGGAUAUUUCUGCCCAAACCGCUUUGAGCAGGUUGUUUGUGAUGUGACACAGCUCCUUAUUGCAGCCACUCGUGUUCUCUGGCAGAUGGUGAAGGUUAAGAUGCUACCUACCCCAGCAAAGUUCCAUUACAUAUUCAAUUUGAGGGAUUUGUCUCGUAUUUGGGAAGGAAUGCUGAAAAUAAAAUCUCAGGAAUGCCAGACAGCUGAGAUGCUGAUUGCUCUGUGGAAACAUGAGUGUACUAGGGUUAUUGCUGAUCGAUUCACCAACCCCGAAGACAAGAAGUGGUUCCAGGAUGCCUUGGUCUCAGUGACAAGGACCAGCAUCAGUGAAGACUUUAUUCCCAUUGUCCAGGAGGAAAGUUACUUUGUGGACUUCCUACGAGAAGCCCCAGAGCCCACUGGUGAUGAGGGUGAUGAUGCAGACUUCGCCGCUCCUAAGAUCUAUGAAAAGGUGCCAGAUUUUGAGUUCCUGAAUGAGAAGCUGCAGAUGUUCAUGGCAAGUUACAACGACACCACUGUGGCUGGACAUAUGGACAUGGUAUUCUUCAAGGACGCUAUGGUGCAUCUUGUCAAGAUCUCCCGUAUUAUCCGCACACCCAGAGGGAAUGCCCUUCUUGUUGGGGUGGGAGGUUCAGGCAAGCAGUCCCUUACCAGGCUCGCCUCCUUUAUAGCAGAUUACAAGAUCUUCCAGAUCACACUCUCAAGAUCAUACAAUGUGACAAACCUGAUGGAGGACCUUAAGUUCAUGUACCGUGUGGCUGGGGGUAAGGGACAGGGCAUCACCUUCCUCUUCACUGACAAUGAGAUCAAAGACGAGGCCUUUCUCGAGUACCUCAACAAUGUGCUCAGUUCUGGAGAGGUUUCCAACCUGUUUGCCCGAGAUGAGUUGGAUGAGAUCACCCAGGACCUGAUUAGCGUGAUGAAGGAAGAACAACCAAAGCGACCUCCGACACAGGAGAACCUAUAUGACUUCUUCAUCUCCAGAGCCCGUAAUAACCUCCACACCGUUCUCUGCUUCUCUCCCGUAGGAGAAAAGUUCCGUAACCGCUCACUGAUGUUCCCAGGCCUCAUCUCUGGAUACAUGGACUGGUUCUCUCGUUGGCCACGUGACGCUCUGGUCGCCGUAUCUAACCACUUCCUCAGCUCGUUCAACAUCAUCUGUACUCCUGAAGUCAAGUCCCAGCUGGUGCAGAGCAUGGGUGUGGUCCAUGACAAUGUAGCUUCUUUCUGUGUCAGUUACUUUGAAAGGUACCGUCGUCAAACUCAUGUCACACCAAAAUCAUUGUCCUUCUUGGAUGGCUACAAGACCGUUUACAAAGAGAAACACGAGCACAUUGGAUUGGCCUCUCGUAUGAACACUGUAGAGAAGUUGAUCGAGGCCAGCGAGUCUGUCGAUCAGCUGUCUAAAGAACUGAUUGUCAAAGAGAAAGAGUUGGCUGUGGCUAAUGUAAAGGCUGAUAAGGUGCUGGAGGAGGUGACUGUCAGUGCUCAGGCAGCAGAGAAAGUAAAGGCAUCUGUACAGAAAGUUAAGGACAGGGCACAGAGGAUUGUGGGGAUUGCGGUGGAGAAAGCAUUCGCUGAGGAGAAGUUAGAGGCUGCUAAGCCAGCUCUCUUGGAGGCAGAACUUGCUCUCCAGACAAUCAAGCCGGCUGACAUCUCCACAGUGAAGAAACUGGGUAAACCCCCACAUCUGAUUAUGAGGAUCAUGGACUGUGUACUCAUCCUGUUCCAAAGGAAGAUUGACUCUGUCACACCUGACCCAGAGAGACCCUGUCCUAAACCCUCUUGGAGCGAAUCUCUAAAGCUGAUGAGUGGCUCUGGCUUUCUGGGAACUCUCAUGUCUUUCCCUAAGGACAGCAUAAAUGAAGAGACUGUGGAGUUACUGCAGGUCUACCAGAACAUGGACGAUUACACUCUAGAACAAGCCAAGAAAGUCUGUGGUAGUGUGUCAGGUCUGCUGUCCUGGACAACUGCCAUGGCCUUUUUCUUUGGUAUCAACAAAGAGGUCCUGCCAUUGAAGGCAAACCUGACACAACAAGAAGCUAAAUUGCAUGCAGCAGAAACUGAGUUAGCAGCUGCUCAGGCCCAGUUAGAUGAGAAACAGAAAGAACUGGAUGUUGUUCAGGCUGUGUAUGAUGCUGCCAUGAAAGAAAAACAGGACCUUCUGGAUGAUGCCGAAUCCUGCAGGAAAAAGAUGGAUGCUGCCUCAGCGCUGAUUGGAGGAUUGGGUGGAGAGAGAAUCAGAUGGACUGCUCAGAGGAAAGAGUUUAAGUCACAGAUUGAUAGGCUUGUGGGUGAUGUUCUGCUCUGUACUGGCUUCCUGUCCUACUCUGGACCAUUCAAUCAGGAGUUCCGCACCAAACUGCAAGACAACUGGCAGAAAGAACUGUCCAUCAGGAAGAUCCCAUUCACUAAAGAUCUGGUCAUGACACAGGUGCUGGUUGACCCGGCUACGAUAGGAGAAUGGAACCUGCAGGGCCUGCCUAAUGAUGACCUGUCGGUACAGAAUGGAAUUAUCACGACCAAAGCUGCUCGCUAUCCACUUCUGAUAGAUCCUCAAGGCCAGGGCAAAGCUUGGAUCAAAAACAGAGAGAAAGAUCACGAGCUACAGGUGACAUCUUUGAACCACAAGUAUUUCCGCUCCCACCUGGAGGAUGCCCUCUCCCUGGGCCGACCGUUACUGCUGGAAGAUGUGGAGGAAGAACUAGACCCAGCUCUGGACAAUAUCCUGGAGAAAAACUUUAUUAAACAGGGCAGCUGCUUCAAGGUGAAAGUGGGUGACAAGGAGUGUGAUGUGAUGAAGGGGUUUUACCUGUACAUCACCACAAAGCUGCCCAAUCCUGCCUACACUCCUGAGGUGAGUGCCAGAACAUCCAUCAUAGACUUCACUGUGACCAUGAAGGGUCUGGAGGACCAGCUACUGGGCAGAGUCAUUCUCACAGAGAAACAGGAACUGGAGGCUGGCACCCGCUUGAUGGAGGAUGUGACGGCCAACAAGAGGAAGAUGAGCGAGUUGGAGGACAACCUGCUCUACAAACUGACCAGUACCAAGGGUUCCCUGGUGGAAGACGAAUCCCUAAUUCAUGUGCUGGCCACAACCAAGAUCACUGCUGCUGAAGUCAGUGAGAAGCUUACCAUUGCCGCGGACACAGAAAUCAAGAUUAACGAAGCUCGAGAAGAAUUCCGUCCAGGUAUGUAACGUGGGAGCAUCCUGUACUUUCUGAUCUGUGACAUGAGUAUGGUGAACAGCAUGUACCAGACCUCCCUCAAACAGUUCCUUGGCGUCUUUGAUCUCUCCAUGGCAAGAAAUCCUCCUAUGACGUCUAAACGUAUUGCCAACAUAAUUGAGUACAUGACAUAUGAGAUGUUUUGCUACACGUGCCGAGGCUUGUAUGAAAGUCACAAGUUUCUCUUCACUCUGCUGGUUACCCUCAAGAUUGACCUGCAGAGUAAACCGCAUUAAGUCAGAGGAGUUCCAACAUUCAUUAAAGGUGGAGCUGCGUUGGACCUGAAUGCUGUCACCCCCAAGUCCAGUAAGUGGAUCCUCGACAUGACCUGGCUCAACCUGGUCCAGCUGAGUGCUUUGCCACAGUUCUCAGAGAUCCUCAACCAAGUUGCUAGGAAUGAGAAAGCAUGGAAGAACUGGUUUGACACUGAUGCCCCGGAGGAGGAGCAGAUACCCGAUGGCUACAGCAACUCUCUGGACUCCUUCAGGAAGCUGCUUCUCAUCAGGUCAUGGUGUCCUGAUCGUACAAUCGCCCAGGCCCGUAUGUACAUCGCUGACUCAAUGGGACCCAAGUACGCUGAUGCUGUCAUUCUUAACCUGGAGGCCACGUGGGCAGAGAGCGAGCCCAGAGUCCCACUAAUCUGCUUCCUGUCCAUGGGCUCUGACCCCACCAACAGCAUCGAGGGGCUGAGCAAGAAACUCCAUGUCGAUUUCCGUGCCAUCUCCAUGGGUCAGGGACAAGAGGUUCACGCCAGGAAGCUGAUUCAGCAGUUCAUGGCCACUGGUGGCUGGGCACUCCUGCAGAACUGUCACUUGGGUCUGAACUUCUUGGAUGAGCUGCUUGAGACAGUGACAGAGACGCAUAAUGUCCAUGAGAGCUUCCGGGUGUGGAUCACCACAGAGCCCCACCCUCACUUCCCUAUCAGUCUGCUACAGGCCUCCAUUAAGUUCACCAAUGAACCGCCACAAGGGAUCAAGGCUGGACUGAAGAGGACGUAUGCUGGGAUAACCCAGGACUUCCUGGACGUGGUUUCCUUACCUCAGUGGAAACCCAUUCUCUAUGCAGUCUCCUUCAUGCACACUGUUGUCCAGGAAAGACGUAAAUUUGGCCCUCUUGGCUGGAAUAUCCCGUAUGAGUUUAACUCAGCAGAUUGGUAUGCUAGCGUACAGUUUGUACAGAACCAUCUUGAUGACUGUGAUAUCAAAAAGGGGAUAUCCUGGAACACUGUCAGGUACAUGUUUGGAGAAGUACAAUAUGGAGGCAGGGUUACUGAUGACUAUGACAAAAGGCUGCUCAACACAUUUGCCAGGGUCUGGUUUGGAGAUUUCAUGUUUGCGGAGUCCUUCCAGUUCUACACCAGAUACAAGAUUCCCAAGUGUCGCACAGUGGACCAGUUCCUGGAGUAUAUAGAAGAGCUUCCUGUGGUUGAUUCCCCAGAGGCCUUUGGCUUACAUUCCAAUGCCGAUAUCACGUACCAGAGUAACCUGGCCCGCAGUGUACUGGACAGUAUUCUCAGCAUCCAGCCUAAAGACAGCGGGGGAGGGGGAGGAGAGACCAGGGAAAGUGUUGUCUACAAGAUGGCUGAAGACAUGCUAGAAAAACUUCCCGCAGAUUAUAGCCCACAUUUGGUGAAGGAGCGACUGCGUAAAAUGGGCAUGCUGCAGCCGCUGAACAUCUUCCUGCGCCAGGAGAUUGACAGGAUGCAGAAGGUGAUCACAGCUGUAAGACUCACACUGACAGACCUCAAACUGGCCAUAGAGGGCACAAUCAUCAUGAGUGAGGGCCUGCGUGAUGCCCUGGACAACCUGUUUGAUGCCCGUGUACCGAAUGCUUGGAGGAAGGUGUCAUGGCAGUCCUCAACCAUCGGCUUUUGGUUCACCGAGUUGCUGGAGAGGAAUGAGCAGUUCAACACCUGGGUCUUUGUGGGCAGGCCAGACGUGUUCUGGAUGACCGGAUUUUUCAAUCCACAAGGUUUCUUGACAGCGAUGAGGCAAGAAGUGACACGAGCCCACAAAGGCUGGGCAUUAGACUCGGUCACCUUACACAACGAUGUGCUCAAGGCUUUCAAAGAGGACAUCACCACAGCUCCAGCUGAGGGAGUCUACGUGUAUGGCCUGUUCCUGGAUGGAGCGGGUUGGGACAGACGUAAUUGUCGCCUUACCGAGUCCCUGGCAAAGGUGCUUUUUACACCACUACCGGUCGUCCACAUGUUUGCCGUGAAUUCCACCGCUCCUAAAGACCCGCGCCUGUACCAGUGCCCCAUCUACAAAAAACCUCAGAGAACAGAUCUCACCUACAUCUCCUUCAUCGUCCUCAGAACAACAGUAAACCCUGAUCACUGGAUCCUGCGUGGGGUAGCAGCGCUUUGCGAUAUAAAAUAAAGUUGUAGGGUCAUCCACUUAUGAUGUUUCUGUUAAACCACAACAACUGCCAAAUCGUAGAAUUAUCUACUUUGUUAUUGUUGACACCUGGCAUCUUCUGUGAUACUUUUAACUGAUGUGCACCUCAUCUUUUGUUAAUGUGCCAAAUAAAUUGUUAUAUUUAUUAAACAGAAACUGA